UAUCAAUUUUUUUUCUUUUUUUGAAAAAAGUAGUUACUAAUUGUCAAAAUAUAAAUAGUCAUUUCACAUCAUUAAAAGAAGAUACAUAGCUGGGCAGCAAUAUAUAAAUUUACUGUUGGACCAUACCUUUGAAAGAGAAAAAAAAAACCAUAUAAACUCAUUUAUCUUUCUCUUAUACAGAGUCUUUCUCUUCUCUUUCUUAGCUUCUUCUUCUCUUCAUCUUCCUAUUUUUAUUUAAUAGAAUUGUUGAUUGGUUAAUGAUGAAAAGCAAAUCCCUUUAAUUUGUUGCCUUUUUAUUUGUAUUAAUUUCUUUUGUUGCUAUUAAGCUGCUCUUUUUUUCUUUCUUUUAUUCAUAUCCACUUCUUUCUUCUUGUUUUAGCUUAUUAUUUUGCUAUACUAAAACAGCACUACAAACAGGCCAUAACACUCAAAAAUAUUAUGGUGUUUUAGUAUUACUUCAAGAAUUUCAAUUUUUCUAAGUCCUAAGUGUCCAAUUCUGUCUUUUUGACAAACCAAAGAAUUUAAGGUGAAGAACUAAUCUUGUCAUCAUGAAGAGGUUCAGUUUCUCAGAUUCUUCUGGCAAAUUGCUUUAUCCAACAGAAGAGAAAAAUACAGAGAAUUUGGGAUAUAGCAAUGAGUUUCAAGCAAUGUUGGAUGGAUUAGAAGAUGAAGAUGGGAUAGAAGAGAGUGGAUGUGGAACAGGGAAGAAAAGGAGGCUAAGAGUUGAUCAAGUACAAGCACUGGAGAAAAUUUUUGAAGUUGAUAACAAACUUGAUCCUGAUAGAAAAGUGAAAAUUGCACAAGAAUUAGGACUUCAACCAAGACAAGUUGCAAUUUGGUUCCAAAAUCGUCGUGCUCGUUGGAAGACUAAGCAAUUAGAAAUAGAUUAUAACAUCCUCAAGGCUAAUUAUGAAGCUCUUCAACAUAAUUACUCCAAAGUUGAACAAGAAAAAGAAGGGUUGAUUACUGAGCUAAAAGGACUGAAAGAGAAGCUAGGAGAGGAAACAAUAUCCCCUGCAUUUCAAAGGCCACAAGAAUUAAUCCUCAAUAAGUUGAAGAAUUCAUCAGAUUUUGUGGACUCAAAGGAUGGUUCAUCAGAUAGUGAUUCAAGUGGAGUAAUGAAUGAAGAAAAUUACACCAAUACUACUACACUCAAUUAUCAGCAAUUAAUGCCAAAAGUGUCAUCUUACAAUAAUGCUUUGGAUCACUUAUCAUUGUCUUCGUCAACAUACACUCAGUUAUUGGAUCAUCCAAGGGCAAGUAAUUCUACAUCAUCAUCAAUGAGGGGUUACAAUAAUAAUAAUGAUCAUCAGCAACAAGGUGUUGGAAGAAUGGAGGAGCAAAAUGGUUUUACAACAGAGGAUUCUUGCAAUAUUUACUCUGUUGAUCAAGCACCAAAUCUUUAUUGGUACUUCAGUGACCAUAGAAAUUAGCUAUAAGUUAGUAAUUUUCCUCAAGUUUAAAUAACGUGUAGUUUUUAAGUAUUAUUGAACCAUCAAGAAGCUAUUUGUGUUUUUUUA